AUGUUACCUUUGUUAAAAAAAUCUUCCCUUAUUACGAAUUCUCAAAUUUUUCAUCCCUCAUUUAAUAUAUAUAGGACAGCAUUAAUUCCAAACCAUUUUAAAAAUAUUAUUAAACUUUCUUCUUCGUUUCCAAAUCAUCUUAGAUAUAUGAGUUCUUCUAUAAAUAAACGUCAACAUAUAUCUAAUAAUAAUAACAACAACAAAAAUAAAAUAAAUUUAUCAUCCUGUACUAUUGAAAUGCCUAUCGUUGCAGAAGAAGAAAGUAUCCCUUUAAUCGUAUCUAUUGAUGUCGGAACAACAUCCUCUAGAGUCAUUCUUUUUAAUAAGUUAGGUCAAGAAGUUUCAAAACAUCAAAUUGAAUAUUCUACUUCAGCAUCUGAACAAAAUUAUACCCCAGCUGGUAGAAGAAGACAUUCUGAAGAAUUAAAUGCAGAUACUUUAGAAGAAGUUGCAGCCACGACUGUUUAUACUAAUGACGAAAAUAAAGAACCUGAAAAAAAUGGCCCAAUUUUUUCCUCUGUUGGGUUUAAAAUUGAAGAAUCUCCAUAUUUGACUAUUGAAGAUUUAGUGAAAAAUCAUACUGUUGGACCUACUUUAAGAUUUCCAAAACCUGGUUGGGUCGAAUGUAACCCAACUUCAAUUUUAAUUAAUGUAUUGGAAUGCCUUGGUGCUGUAUUACAAUCACUACAUAUUACUAAUGAAUCAAGAAUAAGACAUAACUUAAAAUCAUAUAAGAUCCAUUGUAUUGGGAUUGCUAAUAUGAGAGAAACAACAAUUGUUUGGUCGAAAAAAACUGGUUUACCAAUUGUUGAUUAUGGUAUUGUAUGGAACGAUACCAGAAAUGCUUCAAUUGUUAAUAAAAAGAAAGAAACUACAGAUAAAGCGUUACAAUCAAGAUUAACCGAAAAGACUGGCCUUCCUUUAUAUUCAACUUAUUUCUCUUGUUCGAAAUUACGUUGGUUCUUAGAUAAUAUCCCAGAGGUUAAACAUUCAUAUAUGAAUAAUGAUUUAAUGUUCGGUACUGUCGACACAUGGUUGAUAUACCAUUUGACAAGUACGAACAAUUUUGUAUCAGAUGUUACUAACGCAUCAAGAACAGGGUUUAUGAACUUAGAAACUUUAAAUUAUGAUCCAGAAUUAUUGGAAUAUUGGGAUAUUGACCCAACGAAAGUUUCAUUGCCCAAAAUUGUAUCUUCGGCAGAAUAUUAUGGUGAUUUUAACGUCCCAAAGUUCUGCGAAUCAAUAUUACCUCCUACCAUUAAACAAUUAUUAUCCAAUUUUGCAUCAUUAAAAGUACCAAUUAAUGGUUGUUUAGGUGAUCAGAGUGCAUCACUAGUUGGUCAAAUGGCUUACAAACGUGGUGCAGCUAAAUGUACUUACGGUACGGGUUGUUUCCUAUUAUACAACACAGGUACCGAAAAGUUAAUCUCUAGACAUGGAACAUUGACUACAUUAGGGUUUUGGUUCCCAUAUCUGGAAGAUGAGUUCAAUAUUAAUAAACCUCAUUUUGCAUUAGAGGGAUCAGUAGCUGUAGCAGGUUCCGUAGUCCAAUGGUUAAGGGACAAUCUACGUCUUGUUGCAAGAGCAGAGGAUGUGGGACCCUUAGCUAGUUUGGUUCCAGAUUCUGGUGGAGUUGUAUUUGUUCCAGCCUUCAGUGGGUUAUUUGCACCAUAUUGGGAUCCUGAUUGCAGAGCCACUAUAAUGGGUAUAUCUCAAUUUACAACGGCCUCGCAUAUUGCAAGAGCUGCUGUGGAAGGUGUUUGUUUCCAAGCUCGUGCAAUUUUGAAAGCAAUGAGUUCGGAUGCCUAUUCUGAAUCAAGACCUAACACACAUGAUGGUGAAAUGCCAAAGGAUAUCGAUUUAUUGGAAGAUAUCGAUACGUGUACAUAUGAGAAAUCUGUAUUCUCGACACUCUCUGUAGAUGGUGGGAUGUCUCGUUCUAAUGAAGUAAUGCAAAUACAAGCAGAUAUCUUAGGCCCAUGCAUUAAAGUGAGGAGAUCUCCUAUUGCUGAAUCUACUGCUCUUGGUGCCGCCAUAGCAGCUAAUAUGGGCUUUAAAGAAGAAAGUGAACGUCCAAUAUGGAAAAACCUACAUGAUUGUAAAAAAUGGGUUUUUUUUAAUGGUGUUGAUAAGAGCGAAACUAUUCCAAGAGAACAACAUCCAAAUUUGAAAGUAUUUACAAGUCAAUCUAAGGAUACAAUCAGAAGAAAACAUUGGAAAUUAUGGGAAACUGCUGUCGCUAGAUCAACGGGUUGGCUGAAAGCAGUAGAAGAUGCUUAA